AUGAAUCCAUCUCAAUACUUCUUCCUUCUCUUCGUCGGAACGUUCUGCGCGUACGGACUAUGGAAAUCAGGUUCCCUUUCCUGGCAAUCGUCAACCGUGCACGCCAAAGCAUCUAUCCAGUUCGAUCUCUCAAUUCCAGCCUCGUCCCCGUCUUCCCAUCGAUUCUCCAACAAAACAAGCAAAAGAACCUCCAACAAAAACCAUCGAAAAUAUCGCGGAGUUGUGUCCAAGUACAUGUUGGAAUUGUACCAUCGACGAUCAGACUUGGACAUAGUUCGGGCCUUGCAACCGAUCCACGUAUCAGGACCAACCGACGAUGGAGCCAGGAUUCUAGUGUUCUCAGUGCCUCCGAUAGAUCCUGACGAGGCUCUGGAAGUAGCAGAGCUGCUAGGAGUCGUUGGAUCCAUUCUGAGAGUGCGUUUGGACGACGCGAGCACGUCCGAGAGCUGCAAGUCGAGGAGAGACGACGGUUGGAGGGCGUUCAACGUCACUUCAGCUGUAGCCAUGAGGAACAGUGGUAUCGUCAGGCUUCGAGUGUACGGGAAAGUUGGCUAUCAUCCCUGCGGAGACGGUCCUAUCUUGCUACUCAGCUACUCCAAGGUGAGAAAAAAGCGUCCACGUCGUUCGGUGCAAGAGGAGGACUUGGACGAGGGUGACGGUCCGCGAAAACGACGGAAGAACUCUUGCAGACGACGCUCCUUGUACGUGGACUUCGCGUUGAUCGCGUACGACGAGUGGGUCGUUGCUCCGCCUGGCUACGAAGCGUAUCAGUGCUCUGGAAAGUGUUUCUAUCCGUUCGGAGACCAUCUCAGCCCGACGAAACACGCGAUCGUGCAGACGUUGGUGCACGGAGCUCUUCAGGGUGUCGACAGCGGAAGCAAACCAGUUGGGAGGGCUUGCUGCGUGCCGACCAGGUUGGCGCCUACCAGUCUCUUGUAUCUGGACGCCAGUGGGACGUUGACGUAUCAGUACGGUUAUGAGGACAUGGUUGUAGCUGAAUGCGGUUGUCGUUGA